CCUCUCCCUUUCCCUCCCUCCUUGCCGGAACCGUCCUGGUGAGCUGCCGGGAUGACUCGAAACGGCUGGAACCGUCCGAUUCAGGACGGUUCCGCCGAUCCUGCUUCUGAUUUUGCAUAAUUCUAGGAUACCCGUAGAAUAAUCAUGAAUUUUGCUUAAUAUUUUUAUGGAGGGUGAACCUUGGGGAACGGUAAGCUUGCUCUAUUUUGACUUGGGCAUCCCAUACUUCGAACAUGGAAUAGCCUAAUCUCAUGAGGGCAAGCUUGGAUACAUUGAACCCUCUCCAGAACCUGCAGCAGGGGAGCCUCAUGCAUUAGGAUACUCUUUUUUUUUUGGUAUAUCAUUUUUUUGAUUUUAAAAAAAAUAUUGAUUUAAUUAUCCAAUUAUUACACAUAAAACUUGGCAUCAAUAGGGUUAUAUAGGGAUUAAAAGUUUCAAGGCACUACCAUGGUGAAUUGGGACACUCUCUGUUGUUUGUACAUCAUUUUGGAUUUCAAAAUAAAUAUUGAUUUAAUUCUCCAGUUAUAACACAUAAAACUUGGCAUCAAUAGGGUUAUAUAAGGAGCAAAAGGUUAAAGGCAUUACCAUGGUGAACUUGUGAAGCCAUAUCUUUGGGUAAAUCUAGAUACAACCUAUCAUAACCCUCUUUAAAAGUAAAGAAAUCAAAUAGAUUGAUAGAAAACUAUUAGAGAAAUAGAUCUUGUGCUAUUUCCAUUUUUGAAGAGGAAUAGUGCUAAUGUAGAAUUUACAUCAAGGUAUAAGAUGGCAUUGUUUAUUAUGAGGCAAUGCUUGUCUUUGUUAUUAUCUACAUGCUCCCACCACUAUCCAUGCCCAAGGGAUCAAGCAUACAUUUUGAUAUAAAUCUGUCCUUAUCUGCGAUCUCCGGCCACUGUGCAGCUCCAAGUGAUCAAGCAUAUUUUUGUAUACUUAAAAGAAACUUUUAGCCUUGUCAUACUCUAUAAGUUGGUUCAUAUAACCUCUUAAUUAUCUAUUAUGAUCUGGAUUGGGGUGGAUGUUGAAGCUUGGAUCUAGGAGAUUGCCAGACUCGAUGUAACUACUUGAGCCACUAGUAGAGGACUGCACUGGGUUUAGGAGUGAAAUCUACCAUAUUAGAAAGUUGAAUCGCAUGUUAAAUCUUUAGAGACCUUUACUUCCCUGUAUGAUAUCUGAAUGAGGUGCUCUUUUCUGAACUUGGAUGGUUUUUCGAGCUUUAUGAUAUGGUGCCACCUUAUGAGGGCUCACCACACUAAGUGAUUAGAUCCAAAUUUCAUUAUUUGGGCCUCGAAUUAAAGCAAAAAUUUGUUUUCAAAAAAGAUUUAUCUAGACAUAUCUCUUAAUUUGAGAAGAAUUAUGCAAAACAACUGAAGACAAAAUUGAUGUAGAAGUUGAGAUCUAUCUUUUAUAGCGUUUAAACUUUUCAUGAUUAUUUCUCUAGUCAUGUAUAUUUUAGGAAAAUUGUAUUUCUUUUUAACUAGAAGAGCAAUUCAACUUGUACUAUGUAAGGUAGACUUCACUAGUAUAAAUAGAGAUAUUGUUACUCAGUUUUAUUAUUUGAUUAAAAAAAAAAUCAUCUCAAUCGGGUAUUAUAUGACCAAGUUAUGGUCUUUAGAAGUUUGGCAUACGAUUCGGCUUUCUGAUGUGAUCAAUCUUGCUUGUGGACUCUAUCCAGGCCUACUUAGAGUGGUCAAAGUGCUCCAUAUAGAGUCGUGAUCUUUCUAUAUCAAUUGGUCAUGUAAGCUGCAACCUUAUCAACCGCAUUGUUUGAUUCUCGAUAGACAUGAGUCACCUCAAAAGAAUAAAGAGAAGCAAUCAUUCACCAACAGUGUUGUACCAGAGGGUGAGACGGAACAUCUGGGGUGGGAGGCUGAUAACCACCUAACAACUGUCAAAGAAUCCCUUCCGUCCAAGAUAAUCUGAGGGGCACUUGAAAUUUUAAUAGCAUGUCAAACCUUUCUGUGCUGCAUGAAGUUCAACUAUCAGAACCAUAGUAUCAAAGACCUUUAACUCCACCUGCAGCAAUGAAAAGACUUGUAGAGUUUUUGAUAAGAAAACCCGAGCCACCAUAAGCACCUCUAUUCUAGAUGCUGUUGUUGAAGUUGAUCUUAAGGAAAUAGAGGGGUGGUGGCUCCUAAGAGAAAUAAAUCUACUAUGGGUUCACAGAGCCUGCUGAAGAAGAGCUACGAACUUCCUCUGCUGUUAAAGAGCUAUCCAAAGCAAUUGUCUAAAUAAAUUCCUGAGCCUAGACAUAGGCUUUCAUGAUAACCAGUCUGGGACUUCGAACCACAUUUUGGAAAAUUUGUUCGUUUUUGGCCAACCAGAUAUGAUAAGAAAUAUAACACAUCAAGAUCUCAUGUCUGCUUUUCAUUAAAAAAAUAAAAAAUUCAACAUGUCGUAUCUGUCCACUCUACUAAUUAGUUAACAAUAUCAAAUUGAUACAUUGCCUCCCUAUCAGUUUACAGAGGAAUAUAAAAGCAAAACAAGAAUUUUGAUGGUGUCCUUAGAGGAAGAAAUUACGGAUCAACAAAAACCAAGUCAAAAGGUGUGGUUUAUGUAUGCUAUGAAUUAGAAACUUUGUUUCUAUUUUGGGCCCACCUACCACACAUGGCACACUUUGAGAUUCGGAAGUAGUCUAUGGGUUAUCAUGCUUAAUAUAUGAUUGUAGUUCUAAAUCCAGAAAAAUGUUAUGUACGGUAGGCGUGGACAUAAGCUACAUCUAAGUUAAAGAAGGCAAAACUAGAAAAUCUUGGAGGAUAAGAAUAAUGAUGAGCAGAUCAUAGACUUGUUGGGAUUGUUAUCAAUUACUCAUUAUUACCUUCUAGAAAAAUUUUUAGAAGAAUGUGACAGGUAGUGGGUUCUUCUCCAUGCCUCGACCAUGUGGAUUUGAUAUUUGUCAUGUGAUCUACAAGCUGAACUACAACAUCUCAAAUGUAUUGUUGCAGAGUGCCAAGAAUUGCACACUUGAGUUGUUGCUCUUCAUCAGACCGAAAUUCUUGAUCAAUGGAGGAACAAUAUUGCCAUUUUUUUUCAAAAAGAUACCAAAGUGGAUGAUUGACUCAUUCCAUACUAGAAAUAAUCGUAGGAGAUCCUUUGUAGAGUUGCCUUCUUCAAUCAUUCCACACUGCAAAGUAAACAUGCCAUCUCUCUAGGAUCUUUUGAAUUUCAUUGAUACCAAUGCCUUCAAUAUUGUUGUUAGCAAUAGUUCCUUACAGCAGUAACUCCUUUUUGGUGACUUUUGGAUUACAUUGCAUAAUUUCCCGCCUUAAAAUUUUUUCCUUUCUCUUUUUAAGUUUUGAUUAUGUCCUUUGCUUACCUUCCUUUUGUUAUAUUAAUCCCCAAAUCUGCCCUAUCCUUUUGCGCAUUUCCUAUCAUCACCACCACUACGUCCGUAUGUGCAGAAUCUAGGACUUUCAUGCCAUAGAUUGUUAGCAGAUGCCAAACUGAUAAAGCCUGCCUAUUCACUGGUAUCAGUAUAUGUUGACAUCUAUAUUCGGAAGCAUCCCAUAUUAUAUACUUCAUUGAUGUUAAAGGGAGGUACCACAACUUCAAUGGUACAUAAUACAUUUUGCAUGCCUUUUAUUAGAUAAACAUCAUCUAUGGUGACUUUUUUGGGCUGCUUUAUAUCUUAUUUGUUUGGCAUUUACAAAAAGUUCAUGCACUAAUCAACUAUAUACUAUAACAUUAUUGACAUGAAUUUCUUCCAUCAUUUGUCCCAUAGUUUUAUGUUUCUACUAUGUAUCUUCAUUACAACAUUGUGUUCUAAUUCCACCUAGAGGAAGCUAAUGCCUCUGCUGUGAAUUCCAGCUGCAGUCUUGUUAUGCAUGGCAAAUUCUUUUGUCACCGCAAUGUAUUACAACAUAAGUAGCGCAUCCACGUUUUUAUCAUUGGCAAUAACUGUGAGGAACCGUGCGGGUGUGUGUUUAGUCCCACAUCGGUUAUUUGCUGAGUAGAUCUUGGGUAGUUAUACAAGAUCAACGAAUCCAAAUAAUAUUGCCCCUGUGGACUAGAGGACACUACAGCACAGGCUCAUUGAGGCUGACCAAGUGCCAAUUGUGGUGCUUAUGAUUAGGUAUGAAUGGAUUUGGACCUUUAGCCUGACGAAGAUAUCAGGGUUUAAAUGGAGAGAGUAUGUGAGGAUCCGAUUAUUCACUGGGUAGAUUUUGGGCACUUAUACAAAUCAAACUGGAAUGUUACAAUAACUUAAUGUAUAACAUUUUUAAUAUACAGGGAGCUUGUUUUAUUCUUUUGAUUUUUUUUGUUAUUUGGUCUUAACUUAAUUUAUGACAUUUUUAAUAAAUGGAAAGCUUGUCGGUGCAUUGUUUGAAAAUUUACUUUUUAUAAAUUUUAUAAUCUAAGAGAACAUUGCUUUCUUAUGUCUAAUUAUGAAUUUAUCUGCAGUUUUCAGAAAGAAAAUUAUCAAGGUAUUGGUAUAUCUACAUAACUAAAAUGUAUAUUUCUUUUUGCAGCUUCUUACACAUCACCAGCAGCAAAGAAGAAGAAAAGACCAUGGGAGUAAGUGAAGACCGAAUCAGUAGCUUGCCAGAUACUCUGUUGCACAACAUUCUCUCUAGAAUGCCCACAAAAAUGGCUGUGAGAACCAGUGCCCUGGCACGAAGAUGGAGGCACCUCUGGAAAGCAGUGCCUGUUCUUGAUCUUGAUGAAGGCAUCUGGGAAUAUUUGAAAAGAAAAAAAUAUCCAAAUGGAGAAGAUCGUGUUGACUUGAUGACAAGAGACUACGUCAGAUUUGUGGACCAGUUCCUGCGACAGCAUAAUGGUCCUGUUAUAAGGACAUUAAAGAUCCGUGUGGCUGUGGAUGGGCGUCGAUCUUUGGUAAAAAGGUGGAUAAGAACCGCAUUGGAGAAACAAGUCGAGGAGCUCCACUUUGGAUUUCAAGGAGAAGAACGUUUCGAGCUCCCAAGCUAUAUGUUAAAUUCAAGAUCCAUGACCUCACUUCGCCUGUCUUUCUGCUGGAUGAGAAAUUCUCUUAGUUUCAGACGUUUGCCUAACCUGAGGAUACUUUAUCUUAAGUGGGUCGCAAUAGGAGAUGCACAGUUUCCGAAGAUACUUAGAGAAUGCCGGCACCUUGAGAGCAUGCAUUUGGAUGGAUGUCUUCUUAUAGAUAACAUCAAGAUCAUCACUCUGAAUCCAGCUUUUAAAAAUUUUACAGCAUCUAAAUGUGAUAUUCUGUCCUGUAUUGAGAUAGAUGCCCCACAUCUAAGAAGCUUUCACUACACAGGGCAUCAGAUAAAUUUUUACAUGAAGGAUAUUACCAUGCUUCGAGAUGCUUUUAUCGACAUAACUGGAAAAUAUAAAACUGAAAGAACAAGGACAAUACUGCUCUCACCAUCAAAUGUGGAAGUGUUGACCAUGCAAGCACAACUAUUGGAGGGCCUCCUAAGGGAAAAAUGUAAGAGUGAAAAUGAGCUGGAUACAGUUUGGUUUCCAAAUUUAAAGGAGAUCCAGCUGCAAAUGGGUUAUGUGUGCCCGGAAAAUAUUGUUGCUCUGAGUUGGCUGAUGAGCAUCAGCCCUUCUGUUGAGAGAAUUUUUGUCACUUGUCAUCCUGAGACGCGUCUUGCUGCUGCUUCAAAACGCCCACCAAUUCUUAAAUUGUUUGAUAUUGCAUCGAUGCAUCCUGUAUUCCUUAGAAUUGCUGGAUUUACCGGUUUGCCUUAUGAGAAAUUAUUGUUAAGAUACUUCUUGACAAAAGCAGAGGCUCCUGUGACGUUGUUCCCAGUGGCACCACAUGGAUUUUGGUUGGAUCAGAGCAUCGAGGAAAUUAUAGAGGUGGAUACAAAAUGCAGAGGCCAAAGCAGGUAUCUCAUUCAACUUUUGAAGCAGCUACCAAUGACUUGUGGCAAACCAAAGCUGGAAACACCGCAAGAUAAUGAAGGUAUAGAAAAUAUAUUGCCUAUGCACAGAGAUUUUUAGAUGGCUGUCAUGUUGCUUCAGAAUGUUUCGACUCCAGUAUGUGGUCGACGACUUAUGUCUGUUCAGAACUUCUGUUGGAAGAUAUCUUGUUUGUUUAGUCCUUGGGGAACUAUGGCAAACUAUGGUUAUGUAAUUACUGUCUGGAUCUUUUUUCCUUGUUUUGGUGAGAGAAACCGUCUGGAAUGUUUUAGAUUUGUACUGUUUGUUAAACUUCUCUUUCUGUUGGUUUGAUUAGAUUAUGUCAUCCCUGUUUGAUGGAGAAAGCUCACUGGCAUU